CCUCACAAUCAUAAUAAGCAAUAACAAACAAAUACAUACCCACUUCAACACCCAAAACCUACAGCACCCUCUGUUUUCACAACUGCAAAAUUCCAAGCUCUUCUUCUAUACCUUCCAACUGGGUUUAUUAGUUCUCAAUUUCAUCAAUCAGAAACUAGGGUUUCUCUCUUUUCUGCUCAUAAUCCUUACCAAGACUAUUUAUCAUGGAUUGGUACUAUGGGUGUGGAACUGAUGAUUUUGUUGUACCGAACGAUCAAGACUUAUUGGAUAGGCCUCCUUCACCAGAGAAUUGGUCAAAAUGGGGAAUAAGCACACCUGAAGAUUAUUAUUCAUCCCAAAAGUUUUUUAUCACGGAUAAAAAUUCAACAGAGGUAGAAUUCAAUUUCAAAAAUGAAGUUGAGUUUGAACCUUCUCAGUAUGAUGUAGAUCAGUCCUGCGAUCAACUUCAAGAACUAUCAAGUUUCGAACCGAUGGAAGACAUUUACUUGAAUUCUGAACUUGAAGAUUUUCCAUGUGUUGAAAACCUGCAAAACCCCUUUUACUUCUAUCCUGAAAACCAAUGCAGCAAUACGACUGGUGGGUCACAGAAAGAUAUUUCAAUCUCAGAUUAUGUUCCGUGCAACUUGAACUCUGAGGAUUCCCUGAAUACAGAGGCACAGAUAGUCAAAGUCUUGGACCCUUUUGGGCAAUCCAGUGGAGAUGAGGUCAUGCAUGAGGAGUCAUCUGUUGAGGAAUCCGCACUGCAGGAUCUUGAGUCAAUAAUUUCACAGUUCACUGAGAAGACUCGCAUUGGUUUCCGGGAUGCCCUCUACCGCCUUGCCAGAAGUACAAAACAACAGCAUGUUAGAGAGGACCUGGAUGGAGAUCUUAACAUGCAACAGGCAAUGGCACGGGUAGUUCAGAACGAAACACGCAGGUUUAAGGACAAGAAACCAAUGGAAUCAGAGACCAACAGUGUUGACAGAGCGGUUGCGAAUCUCAUGUUCAGAAAGAUGGAGAUUAACGCACUUGAAACACCCGACAAUCAAGGGAAAUGCUCAAAAGCUUUGAAUGAUGCACCAAAAUCACAUUAUCCUCAGAGGUUUGGACAAAUGGACCAACAAACUACAACAGAAUCAGAUUUUGCAAAUGCAGAUCCUAUCAAGAAGUCUUUCAUGCUGGAGUUUGGUUAAACAAUGUAAUCGCUAGCAUCUUCCUAUUAGCUAAACCAGAAAUAAGGAAAACCAAUUCCCUGUAAGUCCUUGUUGAUAAAAAGAGGCCUGAAAUUUUGACUAUUGUUGGUUCUGUAAUCUGCAUGUAUAUAUGGUAGUGGACCUGAAUUAGUUGUAUUAUGCAAUAUGUAAUUUAGAAUGCUUAGGGGUUAAAACCUUGACAUUUUGUUAAAAGUGUGGAUGAGUGAAUUUAUGAACCAGCUGUUUGCAUA